UUUAAAGAACAAGUUGAGCAUACAACUAUAAUAGUAAUGGAAUAGUGAAUCGAAAACUAUAUUCUUCAUUUUAACUUUGCGUUGAAAAUAAUAAAUAAAAAUGUUAUCAAGAUAAUAUGUAAGCAUGUGAUAAAUCUCGCGAAUUUCAAGCGAUGUCUGCCUCUCUUCCAAUGUUCGUCUACUUUAUGAUUUAUGUUGGUAGCACUGUAAAUUGUUUGCGAAACUUUCGGACGGAUUUCUUGGAAGAAUGGCCAACGCCUGGAACAGGGCCACAUUUUGAUACUUCGAUGCCUUCCAAUUUUACCGGUCUUGUAGGUAACACUGUCAAUCUUGUGUGCAAAGUGAAGAACCUUGGAAACCGCACGGUAUCAUGGGUGAGACACCGAGAUAUUCAUUUGUUGACGGUUGGGCGAUAUACAUAUACAAGUGACCAGCGUUUCGAAGCUCAGCAUUAUCCGCAUACGGAGGAGUGGACUCUUAAAAUUCGAUAUCCUCAGCGAAAAGAUUCUGGUUUCUACGAAUGUCAAAUAUCUACUACUCCACCUAUUGGGCAUCCCGUAUAUCUGACCAUAGUUGAACCUAUCACUAUCAUAGUCGGUCAACCCGAUCUUUUUGUAAAUAAAGGAAGCACCAUUAAUUUAACUUGCCUCGUCAAAUAUGCUCCAGAUCCACCGCCCACGAUGACCUGGCGUCACAAUAGUGAGGAUAUCAAUUUUGAUUCACCACGGGGUGGUAUCAGUCUUGUCACGGAAAAAGGCCGAGAAACUUCAAGUCGGUUGAUGAUACAAUAUGCGAUGUCAAGCGAUUCAGGGCUAUACACCUGUAAGCCGAGCAAUGCGAAUCCUGGUAGCAUAAGAGUGCAUGUGGUCAAAGACGAGCAUCCCGCUGCGAUGCAUCAUGGAAAUGGCAAUGACCAGAACAACGAGAUUAAAUCAAUGUAUUUAAUAUUUUUAUUUUUACUUUAUAUAAUACUAAUGUAAAAUUAAUUACCUAUCCCGUAAAAAUUUAAAGGAAGUAACAAACAUCCAUUCGGGUGAAUUCAACUAUUAUCGUUUACAUUUACUAUCACGACCAAUAAUAUUCCCAAUAUCAAUACACUAAAGUAAUCAGUAAAAAUAUAAGUAGUAUUAUGUGAACGAUCAUCGUUAACUUUUAA